GGCAGAGAAUGUGAGUAUUCUAGGGACCUGGGGAACUUGCUCUUAUGCUGCUGCUUGAGGGGAAAACUCGGGAGCGUGGGCGUGGCCUGAGAGUGCUAAAGACGCUCCCAGCUAGUGAUUGUGUCAGUGCAGCAGCUGCCCGGGGUGGAGAGUUUACACGAGAGUGGAGUCGCUGCAGAGAGCUUGGCACAACCGGGCGACACUACGUAGGGGUAGAGAGUGAGCCUGCAGACAGUUAUUGGUGCCGCCAUGCGUGUUGGAUAAUAUAACCUUCAGUGACUGGAGACAAAGAACUGAAGAGUGAUGGCUGCUGGGAAAUCUGCCAGUUACCAUAGAAAUGUGCAAAUGAAUCACCAGUUCCCACUGGUAUCAUCAAUGGACCUUUUGGGCAGCAAAUCUGCCCUUGGUGAAAGGCGCAAAGAUUUGUUUCAAAAUGUAUGCAUCCAUGGCACUCUUCCACGGAAGAAGAAAGAGAGGGUUCCUAUCAGGUCCUCUGACAUGUUCUGCCAUAUGGGAACAUUGCCCCACACUAAAUCACACAAGCUGCCUGACCCUUUAAUGCAGGAUAUCACAGAGGCAUAUCCAUUACAAGAGAGGAGAACAAAAAUAUUCAGUAUGAGAGAACAUUAUCUGGAUCCCUCUAUGGAAUAUGUCAAGUUUUCUAAGGAUCGCUAUAUAAUGGAUGGAGGAACCCCAGACAAGCUGAAGAAGGAGUUAGAGGAAGAGUUAAAGCUGAACAGUGAAGAUUUACGGAGCCAUGCUUGGUAUCAUGGGAGGAUUCCACGGCAGGUAUCUGAAAGCUUGGUGAAACGAGAUGGGGAUUUUCUUAUAAGAGAUUCUCUGUCAAGUCCUGGAAACUUUGUGUUGACCUGUCAGUGGAAAAAUCUCUCUCAGCAUUUCAAAAUAAAUAAAGUAGUCACCAGGCUGAAUGAAGCCUACUGCCGGAUUCAGUACCAGCUGGAACAUGAAAGCUUCGACAGCAUCCCUGCCUUGGUUAGAUACUAUGUUGGUAAUCGCAAGGCCGUGUUGCAGCAGAGCGGAGCCAUCAUCUUCCAGCCCAUUAACAGGACAGUGCCUCUUCGGUGCAUUGAGGAGAAGUACGGUACCUCUCCAGUUAAACGGCUGGAACUGGACAUCAUGGAAGGGAAAGCAGAACCCACCAAACGCCUGAGCCUUAACUUUGGACAGGGGGUAUCCCAGGAACAGUGCCUUGCAAGGGGCAACCUCCUAAGAAAUAAAGAAAAAAGUGGAAGCCAACCAGCAUGCCUGGAUAAUAUGCGGGAAAAACGCAGACCUCUGAAAGCCCACCAGUCGGAAAGCUACUUGCCUUUAGGCUCUCGGCAACCAUACUUAUCACAAGGAAUGGAUAUGAAAGCAUCUCCUAAACCCCAUGUCUUCAGGACAGGAAGUGAACCAACCCUAAGCCCUACAGAGAUCAGGAGGUUCAACCAUGAGGCUCAUCCUAGUGAAGCUUUAAGGGGAUCAGACAGUCAGCUGUGCCCUAGGCCUCCUCCAAAACCCACCAAGGCACCUUCCAUAAAACAAUCGCAGUCUCCACUGGUGUGGCAGCCUUCAGAGGCAAACUAUUGUGAGCUCCACCCUACUCCCCCUGAGGACUGUGCAUGGUCCGACUCCCAUUCGUCUCAUAACAGCUAUAUAGAAGAUCAAAGGAGAGAUGAAAUAGAGACAUUAUCUUUCUGUAACUCUGAACUGAGCUUCCCUGCAUUGGAAGACCGUAUUUCUCAGUGCUCGGCAACAGAUUUCUGUGGGGACAUAGAAGAUGAUGAGUUUAUUGGGCCAGUUUAUGAAACUGUUUCAUCUUUUUGCCCAAAUGACUUUCAAUCUGUUCUCCUGACUAAAGAGAACAAACCACUUGAAAUGGCUCUACUGAGACGGGCCAAAGAACUGUUCACUAAUAAUGAUCCCAGAACUAUUGCAAAACACAUCCUCAGGAUGGACUGUAAGGUUGCUAGGAUACUGGACGUCUCACCAGAAGUGGAGAGGAUGAUGGGAGUAAGCUCUGGACUGGAACUCAUUAUUCUACCCUAUGGGCACCAACUGCGCUUAGACCUAAUGGAAAGGCACACCACCAUGGCUAUUGGCAUUGCAGUGGAUAUACUGGGUUGCACAGGGAAUUUAGAAGAGAGAGUGGCAACAUUGCACAAAAUCAUUCAACUUGCAGUAGAAGUGAAGACACUGGGCGAUUAUUUUGCCUUUUCUGCCAUCAUGAAAGCACUGGACAUGCCCCAGAUUACAAGACUUGAGCAGACGUGGACCAUGUUACGCCAUCAGUAUACUCAGACUGCUAUCACUUAUGAAAAACAGCUUAAACCAUUUAGUAAAAAUCUGUAUGAAGGGGAAGGUCUGGAUGCUCAAGAAGAUACGACUGUCCCUCUAGUAAUGCCUCUAGUUACGCUGUUGGAAAGGCAGUCGGUUAUUUUUGAAGGAAUGGACUUGUGGGAAAAAAACGACCGAGGCUGUGAAAUUAUGUUUAACAACCUGCAAACAGCUCGGCAGGUAGCUCAGAAUGCGACUGUGUAUAAGAAGAAUGCAGAGAGGAUACUAGAAGGAUUUAAACCUGAUGAACUGAUGAGUGAAAUCUUUAAAACAGAAUUUCAGAUGCGACUCCUGUGGGGCAGCAAGGGAGCCUUGUUAAAGCAAAGUGAAAGAUACCACAAGUUUGGGCAAAUCCUGACGGCUCUAUCACGGAAGCUCGAACCUCCCUCCUAAAGAAGUGACCACUGGUUAAACCUUUCAACAUGAAAUCCAAGCUUGCGAUGUAGGACAGAGACUUUUAUAAGUGAAACAGACACAAACCUGUGAAGUAGAGGAGAUAACAAGACAUUUCCAAGUUGUGUAUGUUUAUGUAAAUGUUUAAUGUAUAUUUGUUUUUAAAUGUGCAUAACAGCUAUUUAUUUACUUCCAUAAAAUGUAAUGGGGUCAGUGACACUGAAAAGGAUCCAGUAUUUCUAAAUGAUUCUUCCUGGGCAGAAAUCUAGGGGCAGGGAUUUUAAACUAGAGAGCCACAGGCUGAAGGUUGCUGCCAGAACAUGGCACUUUUUUAUGGUGAAAAUUAAAUUGCUAGCAGGUGUUUUCCGGCUUUUAGUUUUUUGUGCGCCGUACACACCAUAAUUCCAAUUUGUUUGGCUUUCUAUCCACUAGCUGUAACUUUACAGCAACCGUAAAUGGAUUGUGGGGCAAUACAGUUAUGUCAAUAUGACUUAUGGGCCUAGAGCAACAGUCUCUCCAUGUGAUUUUAUGCAGGAAGGCACCCCAUCAGGUCUGGACUGAGGAUUAAAAUAAUCCUCAAUCCAGACCUGAUGGGCUGAUUGGGCUACACAGAAGCCCAAUCAGCCCACUAAAUACUGAACUUCUAUGGCACCUUAUAGUAGCCCCGCAUUUGCCAGAACCCACAGAUUGCCAGUCCGAGCCUGCACCCCAUGGCUAGUUCCCGUUUUUUUUUUGGUUUUUUUAACCAAAAAAAAAAUUCCCCAGGCAGCAGUACAGUAACCGGAAACAUCUGUGUUAGUCAGCCAUAAGCAGCUGGAAGUGCAAUGUACUCUUCAGAUGAAAGUGACUAAGAACAUUAGCACACGGGUGGAGAUCAAUAGUACCCUGAACACCACAAAUCCCCAUAGCAAAGAGUGGGAAACAGUCUCGGGCUCGUUUAGAAGGAACCAUGCAGUGUACCAAGUGCAAAUUGGAAAAAGAGCCAUUACCUGCCGUUUCUUGUACUUUGUAGAGUAUGCUUUCCAAAUGCACACUGCAUAGAAACACAGAGCCUUGACCCCAGUGAUGCAAGUGCUCUGUAAGUGAGAACGAUGGGGUGUGCUCUUGUGCCCCCCGAGAUUAGAAAUGACCUCUUCUGUCUUUGGGACAGAGGUAUCUCAUCGGAUCUGAUUCAGUGAAAUAAGUGUUUAAGGUAAAGGACACCUGUUGACUUUUAUGCAGUGGACAGUUAGUUUCCAUCUCCUAAGGGAGCUACAUGGGACUCCAAAGCCCUUUAUAUAAUAUUGCUGAAGUUGUCAAAACUACCCCACAUAGAGCUGAAUUUCCUUUUUUUUCCCCCUUUGCAAACUGAAUUGCCAAGUGUGAUUUCAGUUACUGUACUAGUGAUCCCAACCAGGGCCAGAAGCUCCCACGUGUGGCUCCUUGGGUAAAUAUUUUCCAGAUUGCAGAACGAAUCUCUGAAAUUUUGAAGGCUGAAGAAAUGAAGCAUAGCCCCUAUGUCUAAUAAACCAAUCGUACAAUUAAUGACCAGUCCAGGCACUAGAGUUUUUGUUUAAAAAAAAGCUAUUGGUAUAAAAACUCUAUAGCCCUGGAAAUACUGAUUAGACUUAGAUGGGGGGCAGUUACCCAACUCCCAGGGAGCACGGAGAAAGUUUGAUGUAAACCUUAGGGUACGUGUGCAGGUAACAACUGUUGUGGCUAAUAAACCACUUAUUCAUUGUAUUUGGUGUUGAGAAUGAACAUUUCAUGUAAGUUAUGACUUCUGUGAGAUAAACGAGUUGUCUCCAUAUUGCGGCGAUUACAACAAAUAAGAACAAGCUGGCCAUAAAAAGGUUUCCUUUGUUUUAUUCCAUGAAAAUAUUCUCAACAGAGAACACUAUUUUAAACAAUGUAUUUACCAAUAAAAAUCAACGUGUGCACAUUGGAUUAAAAAGAAACGUUCAUCGGGGGGUAAAGAUGUAUUAAUACGAGUCACGUUAACAGAACAAUGACUGUAGAACUGCGUGCGAGUACAACGCUCUUAUACUUUCCUAUCUACUCAUUUACGUUGCCUUGUUUGGCAUAAAAGCGAAUAGUGAGCGCGUGAAAACAUUUGCUUUAUUGCUUGGUGCUGACUGAACGCACUGCAAACAAUAAAACAACCUGCAACCAUCAUACAGAACAUAUUUGUUGCCAGGGGUCAAAACAAAGAUGGCAGACUCCUCUGGCAACAAAAUGGUUUAGCAACACGAUUACUAUAUAUAAAAAGAGAAAAGAAAACCUACAAAUGUUUGUAGUUUUGUUGAUAGACGCUAUAUAAAUAACCCUUGUGUACAAUAUUCAGAAUCUAGUCAAACUAUUUAAAUAGUCCCAGCCUGUUAUCAAUGCAAUAGUGGUAUUUAUCUUCCUCCCCUUUCAUGACGAGUACAAUUGGCCUGACAUCGAAAAUUUGUACAUUUUAUAGGAAAACGACUGAAGAUAACACUGAAGGACACUGGGAAAUAUGGUCACAGCCAAUAGAAACCUGGCUAAAUACACACUGGAUUGGAGUGCUGCAGCUCAAAGCCAAACCUUUUUAUCCAUUUCGGAUAACAAUUCAGUAGCAGUAAAAUGCCACAACUUGAACUGGACAUAUAGCCUACAUAUAGCAAUGUACAAUUUUUAAUGAGCAUCGCACCCUGUUCAAGCAGAAAAGUUUAAUUUGCUGCUGCAGAACCAUCUCCUGAGGCUUCCCUGCUCAGUUCUAAGAUUGCUGUUACAUAGAGUCAUAGAACUGAGCAGGGAAGCCUCAAGAGAAGCUUCCUGUCCUGUCUGAAAGGCCCUUAUGCUACAUAUUCACAAUGUUAGUGUAAAGACUUCAAAAAUGUGAAAUCUUUCAAAAUAAAAACUCAGCAAUUUUACACUGUUAUAUGGCAGAGUACAUGUCCCAUUAAACCACCAGACCACUAACACGACACUUUCAAAUUUCUAUUUUGAUUGCGUAACGAUACGGCUAGUCAACUCUCCAACACAAUAAACCACGACUCCGGAGUCUGUGUGAAUAAAAGUAUAAAUUAGACUUGGCCCUGGCGGAACAGUGAGCUACAGUUUAACACACUCACAAGUUUUGGAGAAAGACAAGUGACUGAAGUGGGCUCAGUGGACAUUUAUAUGUACAAUAUAAACAGAUCAGAAUUCAACUGGUUUAUUAAAAAAAAAAAAAAAAAAAAA